UACGUUUAAUCACCUUGUCGCUUAAGUAAAUAGUUAAAUAUUUGUUAUAAAAUAUUUAUUAUAAUUUUAAAUACAAGCUUUAAUGUAAUAGAGUAGUCACACUUAGAAAAUAAUUGCAGAAAUAGCUUAGCUUGUUCGAUGAUUCGGAUACGACGAGCAAUUUGUGAGCAGCUGCCCCAGCUGAAGAACGUGUGCCAUGCCCUGGAGGUGCCCGUCAAGAAACAGCUCCUCCAGAAUGGCCGGCAACCGACUCUGGAGUGGAUUCUGCCAUCUGCGGUUGCGCAACAGGAAAGGGAGCUACUGGACGUUGUCAGUCGGCACCAAUUCGAUGAAACCUACGUAGAGAAAGUCCGGAUAGUGCCCAGUGCUGGACGCAGUUCAGCCAAGAUCGAGUUCCAGCUGCAGCCCCAGGCCUUUGUGGAGCAGCUCCUCCAGGCCAAAGAGAAUACUCUACAGCCUUCGCCUUCCUCUGCGGAGCACAUAGUGGUGGAGUAUAGCUCGCCAAACAUAGCUAAGCCCUUCCACGUGGGCCACUUGCGCUCCACGAUUAUCGGCAAUGUCCUGGCCAACUUGCACCAGCAUCUCGGUUAUCGCACCACCCGCCUAAAUUACCUUGGAGACUGGGGCACGCAAUUCGGCCUACUGGCACUGGGUGUCCAACUGACGAAAGUUUCAGACGCGGAGAUGCAGGCAGCGCCAAUAGAAACGCUCUACAAAUCCUAUGUGGCUGCCAACAAGGAAGCUGAAGAAAAUCCAGAGAUCGCCCAGCGAGCAAGGGAACUCUUCGCCGCCCUGGAAGCAGGCACCGAUGAAACUAUGGCCGCGCAAUGGCAGCAGUAUAGAAAGUACACAAUAGACGAUCUAUCCAAGGUCUACAACCGAUUGGGCGUUCGUUUCGAUAGCUACGAAUGGGAAUCCCAGUACUCCCAGCAGCAAAUUCAGGAUGUUCUGGACAAACUGCGCAGUGCUGGCCUCUUGCAACCAGAGCUAGAUGGUCGUGAGAUUGUCGUGGUGGAUGGCAGACGCAUUCCAGUGAUCAAGAGCGAUGGCUCCACUUUGUACUUGGCCAGGGACAUCGCUGCCUUGCUCGAGAGACUCUCCAGAUUCCAGUUCUCACGCUUGCUUUAUGUGGUGGACAAUGGCCAAGCGGAUCAUUUUAAUGCCCUCUUUAAAACGGCGGUGGCUGUCGAAGAUCGCCUGAAUCUGGAUCAGCUGCAGCAUGUUAAAUUCGGCCGCAUUCAUGGGAUGAGCACUCGCCAGGGAAAGGCAAUCUUUUUGAAGGAUGUUCUGGAUGAAGCGCGAGAUAUAAUGCGAGAGAAACGAAACUUCAGUGCAACCACCAAAGAGAACCACUCCCUAAAUGACGAACAUGUAUGUGAUAUCCUGGGCGUCUCUGCUGUCCUGGUCAAUGUCCUUAAGCAGCGUAGGCAACGAGAUCACGAGUUCAGCUGGCAGCAGGCGCUUCAAGUAAAUGGGGAUACGGGGAUCAAGCUCCAGUACACACACUGCCGGCUGCACAGUUUACUUGAUAACUUCAGGGAAGUGAAUCUGGACGACAUCAAGCCCGACUGGCAGCAUUUCGCACAGGAGCCAGCGGAUGCCUUAGACCUGCUCUACGAACUUGCUCGCUUCGAUCAAAGCAUUUGGCAAUCGAAGGAGCAACUGGAGGCCUGUGUGCUAGUAAACUAUCUCUUCGGAUUAUGCAAUGCCACCAGUCGAGCGUUAAAACGAUUGCCUGUAAAACAAGAGAGCUGCCUGAAAAAACAGUCCCAGCGCCUGCUUCUCUUCCAUGCUGCCAAGAAAACACUGCAAAAGGGAAUGAAGCUCCUGGGGCUGCGUCCACUCGACCAAAUGUAGACUCAUAUCUGUUAA